AUGUCUCGCAUCAUCGGCGCCAAGAGAGGCGACAAGGCGAAGCUGCUCGCGCUCACUCGCACCUCGAGCGUGGGCCACCUGCCCAGCGGAGGCGAGCCGGCGCUCAAGGUGACCGUCCUCGAGGUGUACGGCAUGUGCUGCCAGUCCGAGGUCUCCCUCGUCCAGAAGAAGCUCGGCAUUCUUCCGGGCGUGCAGUCGGUGCGCGUCAACCUGAUGCUGCGCCAGGUGGCGGUCACGCACGAGCCAAACGAGGGGCUCCCCGAGCGGCUGGUGCGAACGCUCAACUGGGCGCUCCUCGACGCGCAUAUCCUCACCGACGGCGGCGGCGGCGGCACCCUGCUGCGCCGGGGGCGCCCGACUGGCCUCGGCUUGCUGCUGGCCGGCUGCACACUGCUGUUUGCGGUGUCGUUCGGGACGUGGGGUCGCGUCGCGCGGGGAGGCGAGGCGGGCCCGUGGUACGAGGACCCGUUCUCGUACUUUGCGCUCGCGUGCGCCGCGCUGGGCGCGCCGCUCCUGCUCGCCCGCGCCGCCGCCUCGCUCGUGUACGAGGGGCGGCUCAACAUGCUCGUUGCGGUGGCGGGCGCGCUCGGGCUGCGGCAGCUGUGGGAGGGAGCGGCGAUCGUCUUCUUCUUUGUCCUCUCCGAGGCGGUCCAGAAGUGGUGCGUGCACCACACGGCUCGCCAGGCGGGCGCCCUCGGCGGCCUGCUUCCGGCCGAGGCUGCCGCAGUCUCCGUGCCGGGCGGCCCCGACAAGCCGAUCGACGCGGUGGCCGCCGUGGUGCGAGAGGAGACGCGGCUGGCGUGCGCCCGCCUCCUCACACGCGCGGCGUGUGAGGUAGGCGGGAGGCGGGAGCAGCUGCUCGAGGCGUUUGCCAAAUGGUACCUCGUCCUCCUCGUCUCCGCCGCCGCGCUCGUCGCGAUUGUGCCGAUGGCGUGGUGCGAGUGGAGCGGCGGCGACGGCGGCGGGGACUUGGUCGGGACCGCCAACCACACGCACGUCGGCGUGCUCGUCAAGUCCUCGCGCCAGCUCGAGCUGCUCGCCGCCGUCCGCACGCUCGCGAUGGACAAGACGGGCACGCUGACCGAGGGGCGCUUCCGCUUCCACCGAAUGGUGGAGUGGAGCGAGGCGGUGGUCGGCGAGGCGGCCGGCUCGACGGAGCGGGUGGUGAAGCUUGCAGCUUCGGUGGAGAGCCUCUCGUCGCACCCGGUUGCCGCCGCUUUCCUCGACUUCGCGCAGUCGCUCGGCGCCGAGCCAGAGGCGGUGGAGGGGUUCGCAACCAUCGAGGGCGAGGGGGUGAGCGGCAGCGUGGGCGGCGUGCAGGUCCACGUCGGGUCCGAGGUGCUGGCGCGGCGCGUGCUCGCGACCUCCGCCGCCACCGCCAGACGAGCCGCCCCGGCGGCCAGCGGGAUCGAGGCGGGCGGAGGCGCGGCGGGCGGAGCUGCCCCCACCCGCACGGGCACGAUGGCGGACACGACAGCGCCGGCGGGUGCGAGCACCCGCAUGGCCACGACAGCGCCGGCGGCUGCGAGCACCCGCAUGGCCACGACAGCGCCGGCGGCUGCGAGCACCCGCAUGGCCACGACAGCGCCGGCGGCUGCGAGCACCCGCAUGGCCACGACAGCGCCGGCGGCUGCGAGCACCCGCAUGGCCACGAUGACGCUGGCGAGUGUGGCCACGCGGGCCACGGCGGUUGCGGGCACGAUCACAGCCACAGCUGCGGCGGCGGCGGCUGCGGGCACGAUCACAGCCACGGCGGCGUCGGCCAGCCGCUGA